UAGAAGCGUUGACAUUGAGAAUGGUAGAUCAAGGCAUAAAAGGUUUUUUGUACACUAAUUACAACUACAACACAGAUGGAGAUGCAGAAAGACAAGGACAAAGAGGAGGAGGAGGAGGAGAAGGAGACGGAGGAGGAGGAAGUAUUUCAUAUCAGUCACAUUCAUUUCUUGAUCUUUAAGGGUAUUAUUUCUCAUGGUUGGUGUGGUGCUUGCAAUGAACCCAUAUCUAAUACUCCAACAUAUCAAUGUAAUCGGGUUUGUGAUGGUUCUUUCUAUCGAUGUUUAGAGUGCAAUUACAGUAUACAUCUGGAAUGUUUACCAAUACCGACUACUGUCAAACAUAAGUAUCAUUCCCAUCCCCUAACGCUUAUUGAUUCGUUCGUGGAAGAUGAUUCGGGAGAUUAUUACUGUGAUGCUUGUGAGAAUGAAAGGAAUCCAAGACAUCAUGUUUAUUACUGUGAGAAGUGCACAUACGUUAUUCAUAUUGAAUGUCUGCUAUCAGAGGAACGAAAAGGACUUGAAGCAUCUACAUCACAGUUGCCUUCCGACAGCAUAGUUGAGGGCAAAGAAAUAGAAGAUGAACCGAGAAUUGCAGCCCCGGAUUCUGACAGAACUAAAGGAAAAGAAAUUGAGUCAGGAGAGUGGAGCAUUGCGAAAAUCGAUGAGGCCAUCGCAAAUUACUGCAUGGAGAUCACGGAACUGGUUGAAAAGUUGAGGCCACUAGCAGCAAAAGUAGAGGUUCUUCAGAAGUUACGAGCGAGCAUGUUGAAUCCAGAAUAGUUUGAUUUUCAGUAGCCUAUUAUUUUAGUCCAUUCUGUUUAGUUGUGUUGUUUAUUAUGGAUUUACAGAUUGUGUUUCUGAUACCAAAUGUUUCAUAUUUAAUGGCUAAAGUUGUCUAAUGUUGCAACACA